AUGUAAACUCAAUCUGCUUAUCCUUUAAUUGAGGAUCCUCUACCAUUUCCACUUUUUAAUGAAAACUUCUUUAGUGAAUAUUCUUAAGAUAAAAAACUUAUAGGAAAUUUGAAUCAAGAAAUGUUACAUCUCAAUCAUAAAUGUUCAUAUAAAUGGUUAAAUUAACCAAGAAAUGAGUGGAAUUUUGAGAACGAUAUAAGAAUACUUGUUAUAACAUGGAAUAUGCAUGGGAUGAUACCCAACCAUUCCUUAAAAAGGCUAUUUAAUAUUGAUAUAUUAUAUCAUGAUAUUAUAGUUAUUGGAACAUAAGAAUGUUAACGUAGUAUAGUAACAUCAAUAUUUUGUGAAUCCAAAAAUGAAUGGGAAGUUAAAUUAUAGAACGAAUUAGGAAAAUCCUAUAUAAAAGUAUAAUCAGCUUCACUGAAUGCAAUGCAUAUCAUAGUCUUUGCUCAUAAAUCAUUGAUACCUAAAAUAAGAAAUGGUAAGUAAUACACUUUCUCUUAAGGUUUUAUGGGAAUUGUUGGCAAUAAGGGAGGAAUAGCAGUAUCAGUAAAUAUCGAUGAUAAGAUUUUCUUAUUCAUUAAUAGCCAUUUAGAAAGUGGAUAAAAUUCUGAAUCUAAAAGAUAAACUUAGUUUUCUAAAUUGGAAACUCAUUUUUAAAAUUAAGUAUUUUCAAAUCAUAAUCAUGUUUAAUAUGAUUAUCUUAUUUGGACUGGAGAUUUCAAUUCUAGAAUUGAUGAAAACAUAAGUCCUUAAACAAUUAAAACUCAUUCUGAUUUUUUUGGAUGGUUAGGAAAAGAUUAAAUGUAUCUUAGUCGUCAUAAUAAAUUAAGUAAAUUUAGUUUAAUACUCAAGACUAUUAAUCAUAAUUUUAAGAAGGAAUGAUCUUUUUUCCACCAACAUAUAAAUUAUUAUAAAAUUAUAAUUCAUGGUCAUUAGAUUAAGAUUUUAGAAUUCCAGGUUGGUGUGAUAGAAUACUUUAUAAAGAAAAUAAAAAAAUGACAAUUUAAUCUACAUCAUAAAGUUUUAAAGAUAUGACUUCUAAAUUGAAGUUAUAAAAUUAUGAUGCAAAUUUUGAUAUCUUAGGUAGUGAUCAUAGACCUGUAUUUGCAUAAUUUACAGUAGCAAUAUGA